AUGGAUACUGUUGAGGUCCAUUCUUCUGGUGUGAUUUUAUAUCCCGGAUCACGCAUGAGGAGAAAUCUUCUCUACCUUAAGGGUAGAGUUCGAGGUGUACUAAUGACAUUAAUGACAAGCCACCUAGAGAGCUCGGCUCAAAAUUAUAUAGAACGAGGAAAACAACUAGCAAAAGUCUACAAAGAGAUGGCUGAAGUGGAGCCUGAUCAGACUGUCUUGUUUGGAGGGGACCUAAAUGUUCAUGAUUGGGAGAUGGGAGGUGGAACACCCAUCCCCCCUGGAGUCCUUGAUCUCUGGGAGGUCACUGGCCGCAGACCGGAAACACGAUUCACCUGGGACCUAACGAUCAACGAUAACAUGCAGUAUCCAGAAGGCAACCAGCCCCGUAAACGGUUUGACCGGAUGUACAUCAGACACAGCUCCACCCCGGCCGUAGAGCCGUUGAAUUUCCGGUUUAUCGGCACCGACCGGCUGCCAUCUUGUCAGAGAUUUAUCAGUGACCACUGGGGUCUGUUGGCCAGCUUUAGAGUUAAACAACACGGAUCAGCCUGCUCAAAGAGUUAAUGUAAUUCCUGUUCUUGCAUCCAGUCUUUGGUAAUUUGAUAGACUUCA